AUGAGGUGUGGUGCAGCACUGCGCAAGUUGCCGAAGGGAGUGCUUAUGGAGGGUGUGUGCAGUCCAAUGGCCAGACCUGGGGACCUCAUCUCCUCGCCGGCCUCCUCCUUCGACCCCGAGCCACUGGGACCGGCCAGGCUACCAAGAGUGGCUCUCAAAGCCAACCAGGUGGGGCAAGUGGUGUUGUACGGGGUGCCCAUCGUGUCCCUGGUCAUCGACAGCAUCGAGCGCCUGUGCCUGGCUCAAAUCUCCAACACGUUGCUCAAGAGCUACAGCUACAACGAGAUCCACAACAGGAGGGUGGCUCUGGGCAUCACUUGCGUCCAGUGCACUCCGGUCCAACUGGAGAUCCUGCGGCGAGCGGGAGCCAUGCCUAUCUCCAGCAGGAGGUGCGGGAUGAUCACCAAGAGGGAAGCCGAGAGGCUUUGCAAGUCCUUUCUGGGCGAGAACUCUCCGCCCAAGUUGCCGGACAACUUCGCCUUCGACGUGAGCCACGAGUGUGCCUGGGGCUCGCGGGGAAGUUUCAUCCCAGCGCGUUACAACAGCUCUCGGGCCAAGUGCAUCAAGUGCGCGUACUGCAGCAUGUACUUCUCCCCCAACAAGUUCAUCUUCCACUCGCACCGGACCCCGGAGUCCAAGUACACCCAACCCGACGCCGCCAACUUCAACUCCUGGCGACGGCACCUGAAGCUGAGUGAGAGGACCCCCCCCCAGGAGCUGGCCUACGCCUGGGAGGACGUCAAAGCCAUGUUCAACGGGGGCAGCCGCAAACGCACCGCCCCCUCCUCCUCCCACAAGGUCCUCGGGGGCCACCUGAGCCACCUGCUGGCCCCGGCCCCGGGGAUGGCCCCCAAAGUCACCGGCUUCAGUCGGGGCCCCGAGUUGGGGCCCCGGGCGGACCUGGAGCCAGAAGUGGAGGCCGAGGCCCCCCCCAGGAAGAGCGCGCGUAGUUUCCCGGUCAUCCCCGUCCCCAGCAAGGGCUUCGGGAUGCUCCACAAGUUCCCCUCCGCCGCCUCACUCUUCCCCGGUCCCUACGCGUUUCCCGCCUUCGGGAUUUGCCAGAAGAAGGAGGACGGCGGUGGGGAGGGGGUGUGGACCCCCUUGGGGGGCAACAAGCCUGGGGGGCUGUCGGGUCUGCUCUGGCCUGGGAGGAAGGACGCUUUCUACCCACCCCUCUGCAUGUUCUGGCCCUCGAGACAAGCCGCCUACAUCCACCCCCCACCCACAGCAGCCGUGGCUUCGCUCGCGGAGACCCCCAAUGCGAGGCGAGGCUUCCCGGACCCCGGGGACCUGAUCGCGCCCCUUCGGGAUGGGCUGUACGACAGCGACGGACUCAGUGGUCUCCUCGCCCCCGGGCACAGGCUGGAGGCGGAUGGGGGCGAGAGGCAAGCGGGGGGCUUGGUCCCAGGCAAGCCCGGCUAUCUGUCCGCCUUCAGGCCCGUCCUCAAAGACCACCCAAGCCUGGCGCAGAUCCACCGCCACUCCCCGCCCCCCAGCAGCGACGGGGACAGCGGGGACAGCGCUGGGGAGCAGGAGGUGGACGUGGGGGAGAGCUGUGAUACUAAACAAGGGGACUGCACAUUGGAUGAACCAAAGAGAUUAGCAGUUGGAUUUUGGACGGAGGGGGAAGGUGAUAAAGUGCAAGAUUCGCCCACAGCCCAUCCCAUGAAGACAGAUCUGGAUAACAUGGAGAAAGAAGAGCUUCAAAAAGUCUUGUUGGAACAGAUAGAUCUGAGGCGGAGGUUAGAGCAGCAAUUUCAGGCACUCAGAGGAGCAAACCCCUUCACUGUUGUCAAUAAUUUUCACCAUCAGAUGAAGAGGGAGCUGUCAUACAGAGAGGAGGUAACCCAGCAGUUACAGAUGAUCCCGUACACAGCCGGCCUGGGGAGGAAGGAGAAACUCAACUCACAGCUCAACAAAAGCUAAAAGGCAGAGGACACACAUCGCCGUGCUCAGCAA